CUCCAGCAGCGCCAUUGGGCAGCGGUCGACGCGCGCGCGACGCGGCUGCCCAAAAGCCAUCAACGCGACGCCGUCGACGCGCCCAUCUGCGCGGCACCACUACUAGGCGGUAUAAGCGGCACAGAGCAAGCGCUACACAGAUGGCAGCUGUAGCACCCGACACGGACGAGUGGCAGCCGCCGCCGCAUGAACCGGAAAUAGGUGAUAUAGAAUCGUACCAGGCCUUUGCGCGAGCGCUGAACGCCCCGCCCAAAAAGCUCAUCCCCAUCGGCGAGCGCGACCGGCGGUGGUACAAUAAGAAGAGCCACAUUCUCUUGGAAGCGGACCCCGAGGCACUCGUGACUCCAGAAAAGUUGGCCCAGUGGCGGCCGAAUAUAGAUAAUGUGCCCGUUGGCGAGCGGCGGUGCCCCCAGUGCGGCCACGCGCACAAGAAUCCCGCUCUUGUCAAAACUUAUUGCUUGUGUCACCACUGCUCCUUCAUCCACGAACCCGCCUCGACCAUCGCAAGUAUGGUGAAGAAGAAGUGGCUCCGGGAGCAGGGGAAAAUUCGGAUCCUGGCGGCGUCCUACGGCCAUCCGAGUGAUGCUUCUCAAGCGGUGGACUGCACGGCUGCGCUCGAAGCGCUCUGUGAGAAAUCAGCUAGAGAGUCAUUGUUCCUAGAUAGGACAGAGGAUUUACGAAGAACACUAAGUAACGGCAAGGAUCCCGCACCAGGUGCUCGGAAGGUUGUUAUUGUAAGGUACAUCUUAAAUGGGCGGCGGGGCACCGUGUCGACGUGGGAGGGCAACUUCGCGGGGCGAUUGAAGGAGGACUUUGAAAUUAAGGGCGGGGCGGCGCGACCGCUCAUCAACAUCGUGCGGGCGCAAUACGGGCAACCGGGCGGCAUCAAAAAUGGUAGGGGGGCCUUUGACGUGACGGACUCGUUGCAAGCGCGCGUGCACGCCGCUCGAGGGAGGUUUUGUAUUGUCAAGAGGGAUGAGCACCUGCCGUCGUGGUUCGGCGAGCCGUCGUUAGGUCGGGCCAAGACGCUGACGGUCGAGUACGAGAUCAACGGGAGUGCCGGCGAGAUGCACGAGUCCGCUGCGCGGUGUCCGGGCCUUCGACUUGGCGGCCACGCCUCGAUUCGUGCCGUCGCGUGGCCGCGGCGGUGAGCCUCUCUCGGAGCAGUGGCGGCGUUGGUGGUGUCGUGCCGGGAAGUCGCGGCGAUGGCGUCUGGGGGCACCCAUACGCCAUCGCCGCGACCUAAUACACACCCUCUCGUCGCAUCGACGUCAACACGAUGACUGCUCCCACCUCCACGCCAUCGACACGACGCACGCCGUCGCCGCGACGCCCGUACUGACACCACCACGCGCCGCAGGUACGAGCUCAACGGCAGGCUCAUGUACCCCAUGUCCGUCGCCGCGUCGCCCUCCGUCGCGCCCCAGAUUUUGAUCGAGAGCGCGUCCUACGGCUGGACGGAGGAGCUGCUCGACGCGUGGAAAGCCCGGUACCACAAGGACAUCUUCGACAUGCUGGUCUCGGCGUCCCGCGACUCGUGUCCAUCUCACGAUGACGUGGGUGGUGCUCCGCGCAGGCAAGCGAUCCGCGCGAAAAGGACUGCUGGCUUAGCUUUGACGAGAGAAGAUAACAAUCGCCUGAGGAAGCUGCCAGCCAUCGAAGAGAAGCUCAAGAAGCUCUAUCAGCUUAAGGCUGGGAGUGUCGACGCCACGGGACUCGUACAAAGAAGGGUCGAAGCCUGCGGCGGCUCUUUACUAUUCUUCGCUGGAGAUUCUCCAGAGGAAGAGCUAGCUUCGUGGGCGUCGGUGGAGCUACAAAAAUUACAAGUAGACCCGACCGUCGCGGACGACCUGAACGCUGAACUCGGCGACCCGACACCUUACCAAUCUAAACUACUGCAUAUCGAAUAUCUCAUAGUGGGCCACGACGCCGAACGGCGCACGGAAGCGCCGGAAGCGACGGCGUCGGGCUACGAGGCCAAUUUCAUUAUGCAGAGAAAAGGCAUUGUCGAGCGCGUACUCACGAACACGGACGAAGGCAAGGCCUUUUGUAGCGAACACGUCCUCAUUGGGAUUCCUACAAUAAUGCCCACCGUGGAAGUGAGGUACGCCUCUUAUGGACAUCCUACAAAACCGAAAUUCAACUGGAACGUGACCGAGGUCCAGAUCAGUGUCUGCGGCGCCUUCACUUUGUUGAUAUGAGUCGUCUCCAGGAAUGAUGAAGACGGCAUCGGUCCGCGCAGGCCGUGAAGUGGCUCGCGAACGCGCAAGGUGGUUCUAGACUACACCUAGACACUGACUUAGAUUUAGAUGAGACGUUCGGGGAUCCCUGUCCGGGCAUGCGGAAGAAACUGGUCAUUCGCUAUUAUGUGAGGGGUUUCCACGGCUGCACGCGCGUCGACGAGGACCCGAUGGACUACCUGUCGACGGAUAUUCAGAUCGGUUAUCUACCGACGGCCGACGAUCCCUUCGGGGCGAAGCCGCCGCGAAACGCCACGCAGAUCGCCGUCGACGAGAUCCAGAAACUGCGGAUGGUCGAUGCGACCGGACGUAGUACGGAAGUCAAGGAGGGCAAGUACACGCAUCUGGGGCGGGCCUGGUAAAAAAUGUGUUG